AUGGAAGAAGAUCCGGUACAUUAUUACAACUACAAUACAAAUCGAAAUAAAUGGCUUGCACAGAACCAGACAAAGGGUAUCGAUGCGGUUGUAAAGGCUCGUUUGCUGGAGAUAAAGAGAAAGGAGCAGGAGGAAUUGUGCAAAAGACGUGAGAGAAUGGCAGGUCUGAUUUCCGAGGAGAAAAACCGACUGGCCGAGGAUUUUACACAACAGAUGAACAUGGACAAACAGAGGGCUCGUGAGCGCCUGAUUAAAGAAGCCUCUAGGCUACGCAACGAGCAGGAGAAUGAGAGGCAGAAACUGGCUGACGAGAAGGAGGAAUUACGAAAAAGAACAAACAAUGACAUAUUCCGAUCAAAACUAAUUGACUUGCAUGAACAGGAAAUCCACAAAGACAGAGUGCACAUUCUAGAAAUGAGACGAGCUGACUUGGAGUUUAACGCGGACCUGGAGAGACAAUUGGACAACCUGAGUCCACGCUUUUUGAGCAAAUCAUUUAAUGAGAACGAUGAAAGAAAAGAGGUUGACCGAGAAAAGAACCUGAAACUGGCCAAAUGGUACAAAGAGGAGAUGGCCCGAAAGCAGGAACAGAAACGAGAAGAACUCAAGCAAAUUCUGUUGCAGCCAGACGAGUUGGAGACUUCCACUCUGCCCAAAGAGGCUGAACAAAGUGCAGAGUCGAACGCCUGCCGGGCGGCGAGACGAGAUGAGCUUCGGCGUCAGUUUAUUGUUCAAAUUGAGGCGAAUCGAGAGGCCAAACGAAAAGAUGAGGAGGAAGAGUUCCAAUUCAGCAUGGCUGUGCUUUCGGACCCACAAUUGUCGGCCGAUCAGGAUCGUGAGCUGAAAAAAGAGAGGUAUCGAGAGCACGAAAACUACAUGGCCUACCUGGAG